GGCAAACUUAGCCAUUUUACUUCUAAAUAUAAUAUUUUAAAAUGUUCUGUAUUACUAAAAUGGUUGGAAUUUAAUUUUUCGUUUAAGAUGUGUCUUGAAUUUAGUGUUAGUUGUAAGAAGUUUUAGUUGAAUACAUUAGUUUUGAUUUCAUUUUAUGAUCUUUUAAAUUGGCUAAAUUAUGGUUGGCUGUUGUGCAAUUGGUUGCUCAAACAGCUCUGUUAAAGGUUACAUUAUGAAACGGUUUCCGAGUGAUCCUGAACGAAGAAUGGUUUGGGCCGCCCAAGUGAAUAGAGAAAAUUGGACUCCAACUGAUGGUUCUCGUCUGUGUCAGGAACAUUUCACACCAGAUAUGUUUGAAAGAAAUCGAGCUGAUGGGAAAUUCUUGUUAAAAUGGAAUGCAAUACCAACCAUUUUUUUGCAUAACCCAGCGAAAAACUCUAGGAAGCCUCCGAGAAAAAAAUAUAAAAAAAAUGAAAUGGUUGAAUCAGAAGAUCAGUUAUUCCAAAUGUUUGAUUUAUGGUCUACUAUUGAUUACAAUCUUGAUACAGUUGGUCCUGCAAAGGAAGAAUCAACAGGUAUGAAUAAUUCUGGUUUUUUUAUAAAAGAAGAAAUGACUGAUGAAAUUGAACCUACUUAUAUGAGUGAAUCUGACGUUUCUAUUAAAGAAGAAAAGGUAGAUGAAACUGAACAUGCCUAUAUGAGCGAAUCUGAUGUUUCUAUUAAAGAAGAAAGGGUAGAUGAAACUGAACCUACUUGUAUGAACGAAUCUGAUGUUUCUAUUAAAAAAGAAAAGUUAGAUGAAACUGAACAUCUUUAUAUAAGCAAAGCUGAUGUUUCUAUUAAAGAAGAAAAGGUAGAUGAAACUGAAUCUACUUAUAUGAGUAACUCUAGUGUUUCUAUAAAAGAAGAAAUAACAAAUGAAACUGUGCCUGCUUAUGUUUUCAUAAAAGAAGAAAAGAUGGAUGAAACUGAGUCUUCAUAUUUAAAUAAGUCUGAUGUUUCUACUGAAGAAGAAAUGGCAAAUAAUACUGAACAAAUUGUGGCAAAGGAUUCAUUAUAUGAGAUAGAGGAUCACAAAUUAGAAGUGAACACACAUUCCAAGAAAUUAAUAAUAUCUGAAUCCACACAUGAAAUACAUGACAACGGAAUUGAGAAAUCACCUAAGCCUACACAUGAAAACACUCACAUUGUAAUUGGGAAGCCAACUGAGCUUGCACAUGAAGUCACUCACAUUGCAAUUGAGAAGUCACAUUUAUGUCGUUAUUGUGAUUAUAAAUUAAUACCAAACGGCAAGACAUCUAAAAUUAUAUUUUUCUGUCAUGCAAAUGACAGGUUGCACAAAUGUCUUCAUUGUAAUUAUAAAUCGAUUAGAGCUGAUACUAUGAAAAAACACAUGAAGUAUCAUCACCCGGAGGAAAAGGAUCUCAAAUGUUCUUAUUGCGAGUUUAAAACAAACGAAAAACGUAGUUUACAAAACCAUAUAAUGUCCCGUCACACAGGUGAGAAGCCUCAUCAGUGUUCUUUCUGUGAUUUUAAAUCAGUCCGUCUAGAUACAGUAAACAGACACAUAAAGGUCCAUCAUACAUCUGAGAAGUCUCAUCAAUGUCCUCAUUGUGACUACAAAUCAGCUACUUCUCCGAUAUUAAACACACAUAUAAUGGUCAUUCAUAAGGGGAAGAAACUUCACCAAUGUUCCCAUUGUGAUUUUAAAUCAGUAAGAACUCCAGAUUUAAAAAGACAUAUGAAGUGCAAGCACACAGGCAAGAAGCCUUUCCAAUGCCCUUCACUAUGAUUAUAGAACUCGCACAGGUGAGAAGCCUCAUCAUUGUUUUUAUUGUGAUUAUAAAUCAGUUAGUUCUGCAAAUUUAAAGAGACAUAUAUUGCCCUCUCACACUGAGAUAAAGCCUUAUCAAUGAUAUCAUUGCAAUUAUAAAUCAGUGAAAUUUUUCCAUUUAAAAAGACAUUUUAGGGUCCAACACAUAUGUAGAAGCGUUCUAUUUCUCAUUGUGAAUAUAAGGCUGUUCAAUUUGGUAAUUUAAAAAGACAUGUAAUGGUUCAUCAUUCAGACAAGAGUCAUUAUGUAUGUAUUCAACAUUAAAACUACAGAAUGCAAUAAGUAUCAACUAUUGUGUAUUAUAUUUUUUUUUAUUUACAAAUAAAUGUCAUGUCAAUAACAAAUAAACAUUACCAUAUAUAUAUUUUAUUAAAAACAGUAUUUUAUAAUAAACAUUAUAAGAGUUUUAUGUUCUUAA